AUGAGCGCGGUGGCCGGGAAGGGGGUGAAGCCGGCGGGCGCGGCGGAGCCCGGGAAGGCGGCUGGGGCCGGGGCCGGCGCUGGGGUCGGGGCGGCGGCCAAGGAGAUCCCCAAGGUGCUGGUGGAUCCGCGCACCCGCCGGAGCUACAUGCGCGGGCGCUUCCUGGGCAAGGGCGGCUUCGCCAAGUGCUACGAGAUCACGGAGCUGGAGAGCCAGGAGGUGUUCGCGGGCAAGAUCGUGCCCAAGUCGCUGCUGGUGAAGCCGCACCAGAAGGAGAAGAUGUCCAUGGAGAUCUCCAUCCACCGCAGCCUGGCGCACCGCCACGUGGUCGGCUUCCAGGGCUUCUUCGAGGACAGCGACUUCGUCUUCGUGGUGCUGGAGCUCUGCCGCCGGAGGUCCCUGUUGGAGCUGCAUAAGCGGAGGAAAGCAUUGACAGAGCCCGAAGCGCGGUACUACCUGCGGCAAACAAUCCUGGGCUGCCAGUAUCUGCACGGCAACCGGGUCAUUCACAGGGACCUCAAGCUGGGCAACCUCUUCCUCAACGAUGACAUGGAGGUGAAAAUAGGUGACUUUGGCUUGGCAACCAAAGUAGAAUAUGAUGGUGAGCGUAAGAAGACCCUCUGUGGGACGCCAAACUAUAUAGCUCCUGAAGUGCUGGGCAAGAAGGGACACAGCUUUGAAGUGGACAUUUGGUCCAUCGGCUGCAUUAUGUACACUCUCCUGGUAGGGAAGCCACCCUUUGAAACCUCUUGUCUAAAAGAAACAUACAUCCGAAUUAAGAAGAACGAGUAUAACAUCCCCAAGCACAUCAACCCCGUAGCUGCUAAUCUCAUCCAGAAGAUGCUGAGAUCUGACCCUGCCACCCGCCCUACUAUUGACGAACUGUUGAAUGAUGAGUUCUUCACAUCAGGUUACAUCCCCACCCGGUUGCCCACCACCUGUCUAACCAUCCCGCCUAGGUUUUCAAUUGCCCCCGGUGGAUUUGACCCGAGUGGACGGAAACCUCUUACCGCUCUCAACAAAGGCCUGGACAGCCCUGCCUUAGAUAAAGCCCAUGAAAAGGAAGACGAAGCACCACUGCGGGAGCUGGGCGAGCCUGUCGACUGCCACCUAGCUGACAUGUUACAGCAGCUGAGCAUGGCCAAUGCAGCGAAACCCUCGGAGAGGGCAGUAGUGAGACAAGAGGAGGCUGAGGAUCCUGCUUGCAUACCCAUCUUCUGGGUUAGCAAAUGGGUGGACUACUCGGACAAGUAUGGAUUAGGCUACCAGCUGUGUGAUAACAGCGUUGGGGUUCUCUUCAAUGACUCCACCCGUCUCAUUAUGUACAACGACGGGGACAGCCUACAGUACAUUGAGCAAAACAGCACCGAGUCCUACUUCACUGUGAGAUCCUACCCCUCUACGUUAACUAAGAAGAUAACACUACUGAAAUACUUCCGGAACUACAUGAGUGAGCACCUGCUAAAGGCUGGAGCCAACAUCACGCCCCGGGAGGGGGAUGAGCUGGCACGCCUCCCCUACCUCCGCACCUGGUUCCGGACUCGCAGCGCCAUCAUCCUGCACCUGAGCAACGGCACCGUGCAGAUCAACUUCUUCCAGGACCACACUAAAAUCAUCCUGUGCCCCUUGAUGGCGGCGGUCACCUACAUCGAUGAGAAACGGGACUUCCGCACGUACAAGCUGAGCCUGAUCGAGGAGCACGGCUGUUGCAAGGAGCUGGCCAGCCGGCUACGCUACGCCCGCACCAUGGUCGAGAAGCUGCUCAGCUCCAAGUCUGGCUCGGCCCGUACGAAGCUCUCCGCUUAG